UAAGUCGCGCUAAGUUUUAGUGAAAAUAAAAGUGAAAAUUGAAUUUUAAAACGUUUAUUAUCUUAUUUUUGCUACUAAUAAACAAUAAAUUAGAAAUUCGUUCAAUCUGUUUGUAAUUAAAUUUCAUACAUAUUAAAAACAGACGUAAAGAAAACGGAAAAAAAAAAUCUGGUGAAUUAAGAUCGCAAAUAAAAUAUGAAAAUGUGUUUUACCAAGUGCGAAUUUAAAAUUAAAAUAUCAUUUUGAAAAAUGAGUAGUUUUUCUUGCUAAAAUUAAAAUAAUUCAUAAAUUUUUAUUAAUUAAAAGAUUCUUACGGCAUUUUCUCAAAUUUAUCCUUUCAAGGACAAUUUUUCAUUAAAUAAAUAUCAAAACUAAUGCGAGUAGCAUCCAUUGUGAUUUAUUAAGAUUUCAAAUUACUUAGUUAAUAGAAAAAAUAAUGUCGGAAGACGAUAGUUUUAGUACAAGUAGGGGGCAGUAUAAUUCUGCAGAAAUAACCUCGGAAGAACAUGAAGCUAAUGACUCAAUUAUUCAAAAAGUGAAAUCGACUGUUUCCAGCAUUUUACCACAAACUUUAAGUAAAUGGUUUUCAUCGACUAAUGUUUCGGAAGAAAAUAGAAAUGGUAAUAUUAGAAGACGACGAUGCGAAGAAGAUAACUUUAAUGAUAGUGAUCCCGAAAAUAGUCAAGAUGAACAUUGUACUUUAGUGAUGCCACCAAUGAAAAAGACUCGUUUGAAUAAUGAUGAGCUUGGCCACUUUCCAAUGACAAAACAUUGCAUUAACAAGAUUGGAGAAAAUAAGUUUAUGUCAUCCACACCAUUAGAUAUUCGAGGACGAAAAGAAUUACACACUGAAAUUUCGUCAAAUUUUAUUUCACCUAAGAAUAAAAAUGUAAGACCUCUUGAUGACAUCGAAGAAGAAACUGACAUAAUUGAGGUAGUACCAAAACUGUCACGUAAAACUAAUCAAACUAAAAGGAAUACGAAUAUGUCAGGUAGAUUUUCAGAAAAUCAAUUUUUGAGGAGCGAAUCUGGUUUAGCGAAUUUUAGUAACAGUUUUAUGUCCUCAAAUUUAGUUAAAAAAAGGAAAAUUCAAACAAAUUCUAUUAGAGAAGAAGGUGGAGAAGAAGAUUGCGAAAAUGAAGAAAUUGACGACUAUGAAGAUGAUCUUGAAGAUGAUGAUGAAGAUGAAGAAAAAAGCCAUAGCGUAAGAAAAGAUACAAGAUUAAAUAAAUCAAAUAUGCUCUCGAAUGGAACAAAUAACAUGCCUAAUAUAAUAAUGUCCCGAAAUGAAAAUCAAGAUAGUGCAUCAGAAAGUGGAGAAAGUCAGUGUUCUAGUUUAGCAAAUCAACAAAUAAUUGGUCAGAAUAAACGUACUGGAUUGUUCAAUUUUAAUAGAGCAAAAAAUUUAGACUUUGUUCAUUCAAAACCAAAUUCUACCAAUGGAUUUAAUUUUUAUUCUCAUCUAGAAGGAAAAAAAUCUUUGUUUUCAUCAAAAAAUAUGCACAGCGUUUUAAAUAACUCAACUAUGUCGUUAACUAGUCUAAAUAGGCGUCAACAGUUCAAUCCAUCUUUAUAUGGAAGUACAUCUGCUUUAAGUGAUUCACGCUUAUUGAAUACAACUUCACCAUUUUAUAAGGGUAGGACAACUUAUGGAGGGGCUUCAGCUUAUGGAAACUCAUUUCUAUCUUCUAGUGCUCGACAAAUCCGAAUAAAGCCAACUUUGAUUCGCCCGUCUUCAAGUUUGUCGAACGUAUCAAAUUCGUCUCAAGAUUUGAAUAUAACAAACACUGGAAAUUUUGAUAAAAAUGCGGUGCGUAAUAGUACAACUGGGAAUAAUACCGCAAUUUCAAGUACAGCUAAACGGAUACUUGAACUAAUGGAUCAAUUCACAACACCUUUAAAUGAAGCGAGAAAAAUGGCUGAAAGUUUGAAGAAUUCUCAAAUAAUUGGUAACAAAAAUAGAUUCACUGAAUCAGAUUAUCUUUCAAGUAAAUCUUUAAAUACUGGCAUCCGAUUACAAAAACCUAAGACCCCUUAUAGUCGACCUCAAGAAAAUAAUAAUAAACAAAUUUUAAAUGAAAAUAUGUUACCUCCAGUAAACGAAUUACAAGUUCCAUCAAUGGCUCAAUUAUUGCAGCUAAAAACAUUGCAGGCUAAUACAGAAAGAAAUCGAGAAAUGGCUACCUCUAACGAAAAAUUCUUGUUAAAUAAAAGAAAUGAUUGUAAUACUUUGAAAAAUAAUCAAAUUGACAAAGGUAAUAUUUUGUCAAGUCAUAGUAGAAAAAUCAAAACUAAAAUAACAAGCACAAGACCUUCGAAAAAUUCAAGUGAGCUAGAAAUCGCUGAAACAAUAACAUUACCAGAUAUUCCCCUACCUUUGAUGAAAUCGAUACCUAAAUUUGAUAUCCCUCCGCCAAGUACAAGUUCAGCCUAUAAGGUACCUUUGAAUACUACAACUAUUACACGACCAGCGUUGGGAAAUGUUUCUACUGUAUCCAACAGCACAAUUAAAAAUGACACUUUAAAAACUGGUUAUAAAUUUUCGGCUCCUAUUAAGAUAGAUUUUAAAGUUGAUUCCAAAUCAAUAUCAUCAUGCGAUAACUUUAAAUUUAGUCAUCCGAUAACUGUAGAUUCGUACGAAAAAUCAAAUGAUAUAAUUAAAAAUGAUAUUAAAAAAACUGAAGAGAAACAAUCAGAGAAAUCAUUUUCAAAUUUACCACAAUUAAACAGAGGUAAUAUAAAAGAAGUUUCUGCUGAAACCUUAACUACAAAUCCAAGUAAAACUAUAACAACAUUGAAAAGUGGAAGCGUUUUGGACGUUUUAAACAAAUCAAAUAAAGUUGUAGAAGUAAAGAACACCAGCAAUAUAAAUAAAAAUAUGAGUGAAACUGCAAGUGGAAAAACUAAUUUAGGGUUUGGUGAAGCUUUUAAAAAGCCCGCAAAUAUGUGGGAAUGUUCAAUUUGUUUGAUAAGAAAUAAUGAAAAUUGUGAGAAAUGUGUAGCUUGUGGAUCAUCAAAAAAGGGAGGUAGCGAAAAAGAGAAAACGGUUUUUCCCCCACCUUCUCUUGUGACAACGAAUAUUUCCUUAAGUGAGCAAUUUAAAUCAAAUCCAAAUACUUGGGAGUGUUGUGCCUGUUUGGUUAGAAAUAAGAAUGAAAUUUCUUCGUGUGUUGCUUGUAAUACGUCUAAGCCGGUAUUAGUGAGCGAUACUAAAAAAUCCAGCGAUAAUAAUGCUAAUAGUACUGGAAAGGUUGCCGAACCAACUAAAACUGUAGACCCAACUUUCAAAGAAAUUGUUGCUCAACAAAGUGGAAAAUGGGAAUGCUCUGCUUGUAUGACUAGAAAUGAUUCCAAUCGUUCAAAAUGUAUAUGCUGCGAACAAGCAAAACCUGGAUCGAGUACCUCUACAGGGAAAAAUGAAUUUUCUUUUGGAGCUGCCGCUAGUAAAUUUACUUUUGGCUUUAGUAAAUCUAAUGAAGAUUCUUUAAAAAAGACUGAUGAAUCUGUUUCUAAAACGGUAGAAGCAACUUCACAAGGAAAUUCAGGCUUUAGUUUUGGCAUAUCAUCUAACCCUAUUUUUACUACUCCAAAAAUUCCAGCAACAGCCAACACAUUUUCAUUUGGUGUUAAUAAAACUACAGCCACAAGUGCAACUACUCCUGUAGCGUCAGACGGUAAGUUAAUAGACAGCAACAAAGCUAAUGUAAAAGCAUCAACAUUGGAAUCGGAACUUUUGAAGACUACAAGUAAACCGGCUGAAAAUGUUAAUUUCAUGUUUGGUUCUCCAAAAACUAAGGGUGAAACUGAUUUAAAAAAGACGUUUUGUUUUGGGUCACCAACGCCAAUAUCAUCGAAUACAACUAAAACCGAAUCGAAAUUAACUACUUCAAGCGAGUCCACACUUCCAAACUCUGGAUUUUCAUUUGGUUCACCUCAAAAUCAAACUACAAAUUUGAAAACAACUACACCUGGGUUUUCAUUUAACUCACCGUCUUUGUUAACUGCAGCACAAGGGACCUCUGCAACAGUUUCCACGACUACGCAAUCAGCAACAUCCACUGCGGUUAACUUUGUUUUCGGCUCACCUAAGACUACGAACUCCACAACCACAUUUGCAGCUCCGGUCACUACUACGUGGUCAAAUGUUUUUGGUUCUCCAUUAUCUAAAAAUAAUCAGGUUACAAGUGUAUUCGGAAAUGUAAAUAAAGAACAAAGCCCCAAAACGUCUCUAGGCAUAAGUAGUCAAGGUUCAAAUAGUAAUGUCAUACAAUUUGGGGCGAAUAGUAAUAAUAAUCAUGAUAAAAAUUUAAAAACUUCUGUUCCUGUAUUUGGAUCUCCUUCAGGCAUGAGCUCAAGUAAUAAUCAAUUUAGCUUUGGAUCAUCAAGCAGCUCAGCAGUUUUUGGUUCAAAUACUAAUACAGCCGCACCAAGCCCUUUCAAUUUUGGAUCUCCUAAAACGGUUAAUGAUUCAGUUGGCAACGUUACACUGAACACAGGUUUAACAGCUGCUUCCAAUCCCAUUAGUUCUAUAUUCGGAGCCUCAAACACUACUAUUAAUAAUAAUAAUAAUAAUAAUAAUAAUAAUAAUAAUAAUAAUAAUAAUAAUAAUAAUAAUAAUAAUAAUAAUAAUAAUAAUAAUUAUAAUAAUAAUAAUAAUAACAAUAAUAAAAAUAAUGCUAAUAAUACUAAUAAUACUAAUAAUAACAAUAAUACUAAUAAUAAUAACAAUAAUAAUGAUAGUAAUAUUAAUAAUAAUUGCAACAGUAAUGGUAAUAAUAACAUUAAUAAUAAUAAUAGCAAUAAUAUCCUUGGUAAUAAUAAUAUUAAUAACAACGUUAAUAGUAAUAAUAACAUCAAUAAUAACAUUAAUAAUAAUAAUAAUUUUAAUAACAAAAAUGAUAAUUCUAAUAGAACUAAUAAUCUUGUUAAUAAUAAUACUAUUAGUGAUAAUAAAAAUAACAAUUAUAACAUCGGUAAUACUAAUAAUAACAACAGUAAUACUAAUAAUAUUGUUCUCAACAGCAUCAAUAACGAAACUAACAUCAGUCCUGGCUAUUUUAAUAAUCACAAUAUUAUUGGUAAUAACACCAAUACCUCUGUUAUUAGUAAUAAUAAUAGUAAUAUUAUUUGUAAUAAUAAUUCUAUCAAUAACACUAACAUUAAUAGUAAUAAUAAUAAUAAUAAUAAUGAUAGCCAUAUAAUUAAAAAUAAUAGUAAUAACACUAUUAAUAAUAACAUAAAUACUAACAGUAAUGUUACGAAUAAUAAUAAUAGUAACAAUAAUAAUAAUAGUAACAAUAACAGCAAUAGUAUUAUGAACAAUAACAAUAGCAGAAAUAACAAUAUUUUCAAUAAUGAUGUCAGUAAUAAUAAUAACAGUAAUAAUAUUAUUAAUAGUAAUAACAGUAACAAUAAUAACGUUAAUAACAAUAGUAGUAAUAAUAAUAGUAGCAAUAAUAACAAUAAUAAUAUUACGUUUGGGUCUCCUACGGCAUUCGGUAGUUCAGCUUUUAGUUCUCAAUCAUCAACAAGCUCAAUUUUUGGGCAAUCUGCUUCUGUGCCUAACUUAUUUGGAAAUAGCGUUGUACAACAGCAAAAUCAACAGCAGCAAAAGCCGUCUUCAAGUUUUUCCUCUCCUGGUACUGGUUUAUUUGGUUCUAAUACAAACGCAUCAACUUCAGCAUUCACAUUUGGGAAUACAGUCGCUUCAGCUCCAUCAUUUGGCGCUCAAACAGCAUCCAUGCCAACUUUUAGAAAUCCAACCGCUAAUACUAAUACUUCUUUUACCUUGCCAACUCAAGAGUCAACAAAAAAACUAACUGAUACUCCAUUUAAUUUUAAUGCAGCAGUUCAAAACCCACCUUCGGGAGGAUUUUCUUUCAGUAACAACAAUACAAACAUUAACAAACCAGCUUUUAAUUUUUCUGCACAAACAAUGCCUUCUUCAUUCAAUUUUACUGGGUCCGAGGCAAUAAAUUCAUCACAACCAUUUCAAUUUGGAGCCUCCUCGAUUACUACAACUAUACCACCAGUGUUUAAUUUCGGUAGUAGUGAGUCCAACUCCAUUACCAGGGACUUCAACGACAGCCCGACGCAAAAUACGGCCAGUGACUCGACGUGCCCAGCCACGGUAGGCAUUAAAAAGUAUAAAAAUGUUAGCGAUAAUUGUAAUAAAAAUAAUAAGAGUUAUUUAAAAAAAUCAAUACCCUCACAUUUAAUAAAAAGCUGGUUAAAAUCGUCACAACACAAAACAGAAGAAAAUAUAAAAUAUGAAGGCAAUUUUAGCAAAAAUAAAAUAUAUAUAAAUAAAAAUUAUGAAGAAAAUUUAGAAAAAAAAAGUUUAAGCAUAGAUGAUGGUAAUGAUUUAAUGAAACAAAAUAAUUAUUUUUUAAAUAAUCAAAAAAAUGUUGAAAGAAAAAAGAUAUUUAGCCAAAAAACUUGCGAUAUGACACACACUUCUAAUAGUUCUAUUGAAAUUAGUUAUCAACAAACAUCUUUGAAUAAUAAUAAAAAUAUUGCAGAAAAUAUUAAUGAAAAUACUUUAUUUAAAAAUAUUCAUAAUCAUCAUAAUAGAAUUGUUGAUAAAUUGAAAGAUAAUUCUUUAUUAAAUGUAAAUAAAAAUUAUAAAUUUUAUCAACCAAAAAAAGAAAAAUAUAUUAAACAGAUAUCUAAAGAUAAUAAAAUGAAAAUUAAUAAGAAAUACAAUAAAUAUUUUCUUUGUAAUAAUGUUUAUAAAUUUUCUUUGAAAAAUAUAAACAAUAAUAAUAUCAGUAAUAAAAUUAAUUAUACACAAAAAAAAAAUGAUAUAAGUAAAUAUUAUGUAAAAUCAAUUUUUAAUUAUAAUAAAAAUAUUGAAAAUAGUAAUAAUGAUAAUAAUAAUAUUAAAGAUAAAAUUAAUAAUUAUAUUUCAAGUGAAAUAAUUGAAAAACAUAAUUCAAACACUACUCAACGAAAGAUAAAUUUAUUAAAAGAAAAAUAUGAAAAGACAGCUAUUAUUAGAAGGUUAAAAUAUCAAACGAAUAUUAAUAAUAACAAAAAUAAAAGUUGCUUUUAUAAAUUUAUUCCAAAAAGUUCAAAUGCAUCAGCACCAUCAGCAAUAAAUUUAUUACAAAAGCCGAUAUCAACAAAAUUAAUAACAUCAUUAAAACAAUCAAAGUCUUCGUCGUUGCAAUCAAUAUCAUCAAAUAAUAGCAAAAAUAAUAAUAAUGAUGAUAAUAAUAAUAACAAUAAUAAUAAUAAUAACAAUAAUAAUAACAAUAAUAAUAAUAAUAAAAAUAAUAAUAAUUAUAAUAAUAAUAAUAAUAUUAAUAAUAUUAAUAAUGAUAAUAAUAAUAGUAACAAAAAUAUUAAAAAUAAUGAAAAGUCUUCUAUGUUAGAUAAUAUUUGUCUGUCGUCAGUAUUGUCUGAGUCAUUAUCAUCUUUAACACAAAAUAUUGAGUCCAAUAAAAUAGAGGGUAGGGAAUUAAUUAAAACAAAUGAUAUUCAAAGAGAAUUUAGCACUGACCAAUUCAAUGUACAUAAUUUAAUUUAUAGAAAAUAUUUACAAAAAUUGAGCCUAAAAGGUUUCUUAAAUAAAAGAAAAUAUUUAUCUGACAAAUCUAAAUUUAAAUAUGUUAAAAAAGAUACCGAAGAAAUAUAGAAAAAAAAUUGUAUAUUCGAGUAAAAAAAAUCAACUUCAAAAUAAAUAACUACACAGAAUUAGGAAAAGACAAAAUAAAAAAGGGAAAAACCUGCAUUAAAGAAUUUCACAUAAUACAAUUAAAAAUUAUUUUCUUUUGUAAUAUUUAAUUUCAAUUUUAAAAAAAAAGGAAAUAUUAUUUUUUAAACAAUAAAAAUUAAUUUAUUAAAAGCAAUUAAAAAAUUGACUGAAACAUGGACGUUUUUUAUAUUCUUAUUGAAAAUUCUUUUGUAAUUUAAUUUUAAAAAACAUAUUUGUAACAUAAAGUUAUUUUCAACCUGUAUGUAUAUUUAUUUUUUAUAUUGUGGUUUGGACUUAUUUCUUAAUUUAAAAAUCAAAUUAUUAUACAUUAGUAAACAUUUUGUUCAAUUAAUUGCAUAAAUUUCAAUUGGUUUUUAAAUUUUAUUUUCUACUAAAAAACUGAUAUUAUAAAUAUACAUAUAUUUUUAAAUUAAUCUCAUGUACAUACAUACAUAUAUAAUUUUUUUUAUUGUAUUUUGGAAUAUUUACAAUUAUUAUUGUUUUGGAUUUCAAACGAUGUUAAAUAAAUAGUUUAGUUUUACACUUUCGUCUUUUUUUUAUGUAUAUUUUAUAUAUAUUUUAGUUAUUCAUAAUUUCAAAUAAGUCCAAAAACACAUUAAACACUAGGGUGUCUGUCUACCAAAAUGCAAAUCUAACAUCAAUUUGACUUAUUCGGCAAUUAAAAAUGUCGAAAUCUGAAUAUAUCAAAUUGACGUUAGAUUUGCAUUUUGGUAAAUUCCCUAUUUUGAUUGCUCUUUUAUGCUUUAUUUCAACAAGUAGUCGAUUUUUAUUUUGAUACUUCCGAAAAUUAAAAAUCGUGUGGGGAAUUUGUUAUUAUCAAUGAUAAUUCUGUUAUAUUAAAAAUUAAAAAAAGAAAUAAUAAAAUUGUUUAAAAAAAAAUCAAUAUGUAACAAAACAUGUAAAAAAUUGUUUUAAAUUUUUUAUAAAUUAAAUUAGGGGGCUAAAAAAAUGUAUGUAUUUUUUUAGUAAAGAAUACAACUAUUAAAGGGGAAAAUAGUUGUGUUAUGAAUCUAUUUUAAAAAAAUCUUUAAAAUAAAAGGAAAGUAAUUGUUGAAAUUAUUAUAAUAUGAAUGUGAAGAGAAAGUGAAUGAAACUUAUAUACAUUAAUGCGUAUAUGAAUGAAAUAAUGUAAUAUGAUUAUAUAAUUAUUUUAUUGAGAAAAAAUGGAAUUUUAUUAUUUUUUCUUUAGAUUGUUGACUAGAUGAUAGGCCUAUUCUCUUUUUUUUUCAAUUGUUUUCUAGUAUAAUUUUUCCUUUAUAAUUUAAUAAGAAAAUUAAUAAAUAACACAUAUAUAAAUAAAAGAAAAAUUUGCUUUUCAUUCAUUUGUAAAAAAAAACAAACAAAAUAUAAAAAACAUGUAAAAGAAAAUAUAAAAUUAAAUGUAUAAAAAGUCUUAAAUAUUUAGCUAGGGUAUCUCUAAAUCACUUACUUACUUUUCAAUUUAUAUUUUAUUUUUCUUUUUUUUUGUAAAAUAACUUUCAAAGAAAUAAAAAUAUAUUAUAAAGUAAGCCGCAAAUAAAAAUAUAAGUACAUAAUGAAAAUAUGAAAAAUUUUUGUAAAUUUUAACUAGUUUAUAUGAUUCAAACAAAAAAACAAAAAAAAAAAUUAUGUGAAACUUAAUUCAACUGAAAUAAAGAAAUAUUAUCAUUAUAUUUUAUAUCAAAUCCUGUUCACUAUCCGAAUCGCUUAACGAUAUCAUGUACAAUAUAAAAUAGUAAAUUUAUUUGUUGGUCUUUAUUAUAAUCAAUUGAUUUUGAUGUUUUUAAUUAAAAUAAUUUUUAUGCGAUAUGUCAAUUUAGAAUUUUGCUUAAAUCUAAAAUUAAUUUUUUAUUUGAAAUUAAUGUUUUUGUGAAAUUUGGAAUAUUUUCAUUUACUUUUAGUACAUAUUCAAUUAUUGCAUUUAUUGCAAGAUUUUUAUUGGCCUUUUAGAAUAUGCCAGUCAUUAAUCCAUUUAAUCAAAUUAAAAAUAUCAUAAAUGAACUGAAGUGGAUAAAUUACUGAAGCAAAAACAAAAUAGAUACACGCGAAUUAUCAGUAAUGUCAAUUUAAUCUUUUUUUUGUGGUACCAAACGUUUUUAAUAAAUCUAAAUAAUAUUUCUUAAUUAAAACUUAGUAAUACAUUUUUAAAUUAUGUUUCCAAAAAAAUUUCAUUUAGUUAGUAAUAAAUAAUAUUAGAAAAUUUUAGUAUUUGAAAAUUUUUCAAGUUUAUUUUGAAUUUCUUUUUUGUCCAAUUGCAAACAAUGUGCCAAAUUAAAUUUUUUUUUCAUAUUAAAAUUAAAAUCAUAGAAAUUAAAACUAUGUUUGCAUAAGAAAUUAAAACUAUGUAUGUAUAAGAAAUUCUGAAAAUAUUUUAUGAAAUACGAUUUUUAAUUAUGAGAUGCAAAAUAAAAUGAUUAUGAAAUGAUUCUACACAAAAGUAAAACAAAUCAGAAUUUAGUUUUAAUGAAUUAUAUUUUAAAUUUCCUUGUUUUUUUCUACAUCAUUCAAUAAGAAAAUUAAAUUUUUAUUUUUUUUUUCAAUUUGUAGUUUGAAAAUAAUUGUUUGACACUACAAAUUGAAAGCACAAAAAGACUGCCCAAAAGCAAUCUAUUAAUUACAAUUUACAUCAAAAUCAAUUAAUAUAAUCAAAAAAAAAGGCAAAAUUUAAUAUUUACUUUUUUUUUUACGAUUUGCAUGAUUUUUUACGAUUUUUUUUCACGAUAGCUUGAGUUAUUUUACCGGAUAACAACAUUUCGAAUAAAUGUUGUAUUUUUACAGAUGUUAAAAAAAAUUUUUUUUAGCGCAUAUUAUCUUAGAAACAUCAUUAAAAGUAAUUAUUUUAACAAUUUAAUUUCUUUUGAAUAAUAUUAAGAUUGAAAUUUGAAAUUCUACAUUAAAGUAUAUAGUAUUUUCGAAUAUUCUGCAAUCUCGUCAAUUUCGAAUAUUCGUUCUCUUUUUAAUGAUCACUUUUAAACAUUUUAAUUAAUUAUCUAUAUUUAUAAGAUAAUUGUUUUUAUUCAAUUAAAUUUUAAAGGAAAAAUCAUAAGAUCAACAAAUUAAAUUUACGAAUUUAAAAAUCAUGAAUUUUUAUAUUUGUACACAAUUAACAGAAACUUUUAUUUAAAAACAUUUUUUACAAUUUUAAUUAAAGCGAAAUUGCAUACAAAAAAAAAAAAAACAAAAAAAACUUUAAGUUCCUCUCAUAUAAAAGUGUAGUAGACUGUAUAAAAGAAACAAAAACAAAAAAUUAGAAAAGUGUUAUAUAAACUCAUUAAUAUUCAAAUUGCAUUUUUUGUACUUUUAUUUUUUUAUACAAAAAAAAACAAAAAAAAUUAUUUUAUAUUUCGUUAUCUAAGAAAAAAAUAAACUUAAUAUUACAGCAAAAGGAAACAAAAAAAAAAUAAAUUAGAACUAUUGUAGGAGAUUCUUUUUUUCAAAAUAUUUUAAAUAAAAUAAAAAAAAACGCAAAACUCUGGUAUGUAUACAUGUAGUCAACCAAAAUUAAUUUGCACAUGAUUUUUUGUAUUUCAGUAAAAUUCAAAAAUACAAACGGGAUAAAAUUAAAUAAAAAAAAAUAUUAAAUUAGCGCUACCGGGAAAAAAAAAUUCUAAUAUAAAACAAAACAAAAAAAAUAUAAAUAAAGUAACAUAAAAUCAUUUUGUAAUAUUUAAUAAUAUAGUUUAAACAAAAUAUACUUAUAUAUAUAUAUAUAUAUAUAUAUAUAUAUAUAUAUAUAUCUAAGAAUUACAAUUAAAAAUAUAUAUAUAUAUUACACACAGAAAAAUUAAAGUAAAAUGCUUUCUUUGAGUAGUAGUUAUAAGAAAAUAUAAUUAUCAUAAUUACAAUAAAGGAAAACAAAAAAAAAAAAAAAUAAAAAAAAUUUAAUAAAAAAAUUGUAUAAAAAAAAUGGUAAAAUUUAGAUUGUAAGAAAUUUUUUUUUAGUUAUAAGAUUAAAAAUAGAGAAAAAAUAAAAAUAAUUAUAAAAAAAAGUAAUGGAAAAAAAAUAAACUUUUUUUCCCCUGCAUUCUUUUUUUUUUUUUGUUUGGCAAAUGAAUUUAAAUAUUAAGUUUUUCUUUUUCGCUUAUAUUUUGUGCUUUUUCAAAAAUCAAAUUCAAAAUGAAAUUUAAUUUAUGUAAUGAAUUAAAAGCGCAAAUUCAUGAUGAAAUAAAAAAUUCAAUGUAAAAUUUAAACAACGUCUUAUUCAGUUUACAUCUUCCAUCAAUCAUCACCCACCUCUUCAAGUGUGCGUUUAAGAGAAAUGUGGGGUUAUCUUGUUUUUUUUUGUAUUUUUUUUUUUUUAAAUUUUCAUAAUGAUUUUUAGAUUGUUUUUUGUAAUUAAUAUCCUCUUAUAUUUUUUAAUUUUAUGCU